CGAGGUGGGCCUUGCCCUUACCGUCAGGACUGGCCAUUUGCAGCCGCAGCAGCAGUAGUAGACGCAGCAGGGGCAGCUGUAGUAGACGCCAACCUUGCCCCCUCGUUGCCAAAAUGUCUCUUUCCACCAAGCUGACCUUGGACAAGGUGGACGUGAAGGGGAAGAGGGUCGUUAUGAGGGUCGACUUCAACGUUCCCAUGAAGAACAACCAGAUAACCAACAACCAGAGGGUGAAGGCGGCCGUCCCCAGCAUCAAGCACUGCCUGGAUCACGGGGCCAAGUCUGUCGUCCUCAUGAGCCACCUGGGCCGCCCGGACGGCGUCCCCAUGCCGGACAAAUACUCCCUGGGGCCCGUGGCCGUGGAGCUCAAGGCCUUGUUGGGCAGGGAUGUGCUGUUCCUCAAGGACUGCGUGGGGCCCGAGGUGGAGAAGGCCUGCGCCGACCCCCCGGCCGGCUCCGUCAUCCUGCUGGAGAACCUGCGGUUCCACGUGGAAGAGGAAGGGAAGGGCAAGGAUGCGGCCGGGAACAAGGUCAAGGCUGACGCAGCCAAGGUGGAGGCCUUCCGAGCCUCCCUGUCCAAGCUGGGAGAUGUCUAUGUCAACGACGCCUUCGGCACUGCCCACCGUGCUCACAGCUCCAUGGUCGGGGUGAACCUCCCGCAGAAGGCAGCCGGCUUCCUGAUGAAGAAGGAGCUGGAUUACUUCGCCAAGGCCCUGGAGAGUCCCGUGAGGCCAUUCCUGGCCAUCCUCGGCGGGGCCAAGGUGGCGGAUAAGAUCCAGCUGAUCAACAACAUGCUAGACCAAGUCAACGAGAUGAUCAUUGGGGGCGGCAUGGCCUUCACCUUCCUCAAAGUGCUCAACAACAUGGAGAUCGGCACCUCCCUCUUCGACGAGGAAGGCGCCAAGAUCGUCAAAGACCUCAUGGCCAAGGCGGAGAAGAACGGCGUGAAGAUCACGCUGCCCGUCGACUUCGUCACGGCGGACAAGUUUGACGAGCACGCGCAGACCGGCCAGGCCACGCUGGCCUCCGGCAUUCCCGCCCCGUGGAUGGGCUUGGACUGCGGGCCGGAGAGCAGCAAGCGGUACGCGGAGGCCGUGGGCCGGGCCAAGCAGAUCGUGUGGAACGGGCCCGUGGGGGUCUUCGAGUGGGAGCCCUUCGCCCGCGGCACCAAGGCCCUCAUGGACGACGUGGUGGAGGCCACCGCCAAGGGCUGCAUCACCAUCAUAGGGGGUGGGGACACCGCCACGUGCUGUGCCAAGUGGAAGACGGAGGACAAAGUCAGCCACGUCAGCACCGGAGGCGGUGCCAGCCUGGAGCUCCUUGAGGGGAAAGUCCUCCCGGGAGUCGCCGCCCUGAGCAGCGCGUGAAGGGCAGCGUCUCCCACCCGCCAGCGUUCGCCAAUCCUCCCUCCCCGACAGCGUGGCGCUUCUCGUUUCCCGCCGUGGCAGUAGCGGCAUCAGCCCGUUCCCCGCCCCGGGGCAUCUACUCCAUCGCCAUGGACGUAUUUAUAUCCUGCCCUCCCCAGAGCCGGCCCGCGCUAAAAUAAACCUCCCUGAAAAGCG